UUUUUGUUGCUCCUCCUCUCUUUUGUCUCUCUGGUUGGGCCUUUUUCUUGCCCUCCUUUAUUACUUCCUUCACAUCAAGCUGAGAGAGAGAGAGAGAGAGAGAGAGAGAGAGAGAGAGCGAGCGAGCAGGUUAGGGUGUCGGUCGGCGGUACGACAUGGCGACGCCACCGAGCAGCCGACUUCAGUCCAUGUUGCAGUCCGCCGUGCAAUCCGUGAAGUGGACCUACAGCCUCUUCUGGCAAAUCUGCCCCCAGCAAGGGAUAUUGAUAUGGGGAGAUGGGUACUACAAUGGGCCAAUCAAGACCCGAAAAACCGUCCAGCCGAUGGAGGUCAGCGCGGAGGAAGCCUCCCUCCAGCGGAGCCAGCAGCUCCGGGAGCUCUACGAGUCCCUCUCCGCCGGUGAGACGAACCAGCCGGCACGCCGCCCAUGUGCGGCCCUCUCGCCAGAGGACUUGACCGAGACAGAAUGGUUCUACUUGAUGUGCGUCUCCUUCUCAUUUCCUCCCGGGACUGGCUUACCUGGAAAAGCAUAUUCGAGAAGGCAGCACGCGUGGCUCACAGGAGCCAACGAGGUCGAUAGCAAGACAUUUUCAAGGGCUAUUCUUGCAAAGAGUGCUCGUAUUCAGACCGUGGUAUGCAUUCCUCUUCUUGACGGCGUCGUGGAAUUUGGCACCACGGAAAGGGUUCAAGAGGACAUUUCCCUCGUCAAUCAUGUCAAAACCUUCUUCAUUGACCACCACCCGCCUCACCCACCGAAGCCCGCCCUCUCCGAGCACUCGACCUCCAACCCCGCCACCUCGUCCGGGCACCACCGCUUCCACUCCCCACCCGUCCCCACCAUCUACGCCCCGGCCGAUCCACCCGCUGCUGCCCACCAAGGGGACGAGGAGGAAGAGGAGGAGGAGGAGGAGGAAGAAGAUGAGGAGGGAGAGUCCGACUCCGAGGCCGAGACGGGCCGCCAGGUUGGGGGCGCGGGGGCAGCGGCGGCGGUGGCGGAGCAGAACCGCCACGCCGCGGGGCCCGCGAACAACGCCGAGCCCAGCGAGUUCGAGAUGUCUGAGGACAUCCGGCUCGGCUCGCCGGACGACGGGUCGAACAACCUGGACUCGGACUUCCCCAUGCUGACCAUAAACUCGACGGCGGCAGACCACCAGCGUCAGGCCGACUCAUUCCGGGCCGAGUCAACCCGAAGGUGGCAAAUGAUGCAGGAUCCGGUGAGGAGCGGUCUUCAAACCCCGCCGUCAGUUCCUCCGGCGCUGGACGAGCUGUCGCAAGAGGACACCCACUACUCCCAGACCGUCUCGACCAUCCUCCAGAACCAGCCGCGGUGGGCCGAGUCCUCCUCCGCCAGCUACGUCUCCUACUCCACCCAGUCGACCUUCUCCAAGUGGACGACCCGGUCCGACCACCUCCACCACGUCCCCGCCGAGGGCACCUCCCAGUGGCUCCUCAAGUACAUCCUGUUCACCAUACCGUUCCUGCACAACAAGUACCGCGACGAGAACUCGCCCAAGUCCCGGGACGGCGACUCCAGCUCGCGGCUCCGCAAAGGGAACCCGCAAGACGAGCUCAGCGCCAACCAUGUGCUGGCGGAGCGCCGCCGCCGCGAGAAGCUCAAUGAGAGGUUUAUUAUUCUGCGGUCGCUCGUGCCGUUUGUGACCAAAAUGGAUAAGGCGUCGAUAUUAGGGGACACUAUAGAAUAUGUAAAGCAACUUAGGAAGAAGAUUCAAGAUCUCGAGGCAAGGAAUCGACAAAUGGAGGCCGAGCAGAGGACGAAACAAGGAGAGUUGCAGAGGACAACUAGUUUGAAGGAUCUAAGAAGCGCGCUCACAACAGCAGAACGGACCAGAGCAAACCUGCCUGGGGACAAGAGGAAAAUGAGGAUCGUCGAAGGUGGCGGCGGGGCCAAGCCCAAGGCUGUGCAGUCACCGCCACCUCCUCCCCCGCCCCUGCCAUCCGAGACUAGUGUGCAAGUGUCCAUCAUCGAGAGUGAUGCGUUAUUGGAGCUCCAAUGCCCGCACAGAGAAGGGUUGCUGCUCGACCUAAUGCAAAUGCUCCGAGAGUUGAGGAUCGAGACGACAGCGGUCCAAUCCUCGUUGACGAACGGGUUCUUUGUGGCCGAAUUGAGAGCAAAGGUAAAGGAAAAUGUCAAUGGGAAGAAGGCGAGUAUUGUUGAGGUAAAGAGAGCAAUUCAACAGCUCAUUCCCCACACAGAUUCCUAAUUCCAUCAGAUGUCAUGUGUCAGGCAAAAAUCCACCAAGAACUGACCCUUUCGGAUGAUUCUGUGUAGGCAUGUACAACAUAAGCACGUUCUGACAGAUCAAGUAGUGUUCGAGAACUGUAAUCUAACACAGUAUAUGACGCAGCACGCAUAAAAUUUUCACCAAAACAUGCGGGAUCAAAUAACAAGAGCUUUUCUUCAUUUA